AGCAGCAUGAUGCGACCUCGCACGAUCUUACCUUCGUUGUUUUCUGUAGCUUUUUCACACAGAGCGAAGAAGACGUUUUCCUCCGCCCGGGCCACUGAAAACCGCGUUUUUCUCACGUAAAAGUAAAAUCUAGUGCAAACUAUCACCCACCUUCGGCAAGUGCUUGUGCUGUACUGUACGGGAAGCAGUAGUUCCGGCCCUGCAACGGUGUUACCAUAGUCACAUUUUAGGCGUGGGUUUCGAGCUUGGGUUAGCCAGACCAGACCAGCAGCAGCAGCAGCAUACACAGAACGUGCCGCUUCUUCCACUUCUGCAGCGUUUUCUUCGAUUCGGGCAGCUAGAACCUAUACGGCAAAUUUCGGUGCACUGGCCAAAAGAUGAACGUCGAGGAAGAGGUGUUUCGCAUUCAGAAAAAGCUGGGCAAAAUGACCUCCCAGUCGGAUGGAUCGGGCAGCGAAGAUGCUUCCGUAAUUCUUGUGCACUUCUAACCCGCUGCAUGCGAAAUGCAUUUUUUUACGGUGUGGUGGAAAUAAUAACCAUUGAGUGUGCACCCAUCCCAGGGUCAGGAGCAGGCGCUUGAUCUGCUGCGCGAGUUGCAGCGCUUGAACAUCGACCUGGACAUACUGACGAAAACGCGCAUCGGAAUGACGGUGAACGAGUUGCGCAAGUGUAGCAAGGACGAUGAGGUGAUAAGCUUGGCCAAAUCACUGAUCAAAAGCUGGAAACGCUUUCUCGCCGGCACGCCACCAUCGAAGGAUGGUUCGAAGGAUUCGUCCAAAUCGUCCGGCAAAUCGUCCAGCAAAUCGAGCAGCAAAUCGUCGGACAACGGUAACGCCGGAGCGGGUAGCGGUGGAGCGAACGGUGAGAAAGCGAACAGUGGAAGCGGUGGGGCCGGAGGCGUUGGUAGCAACAAAAAGGAUUACGAUCGUGAGAAGGAAAGCAAAUCGAAGGCUCCACCUUCGAGCGGUGCGUCGUCCCAGUCGAGCAGCAACACGACCGAUGCCGUGCGGCUGAAGUGUAGAGAAAUGUUGGCGAACGCGCUGCGCGUUGAUGGCGAACCGCCGGAGGGUUGCCAGUCGCCGGAGGAGCUGGGCGAGGAGCUGGAGGAAGCGAUCUUUGUCGAGUUCAAAAACACGGACAUGCGGUACAAGAAUCGGGUGCGGUCGCGUGUCGCCAACCUGAAGGAUCCGAAGAAUCCGAGCCUGCGGGCAAACUUUGUUAGCGGCGCCAUCACUGCCCAGCGGCUCGCCAAAAUGACCUCCGAGGAGAUGGCGAGCGACGAGAUGAAGCAUUUGCGCGAUCGGUUCGUAAAGGAGGCGAUCAACGAUGCGCAGCUGGCGACGGUGCAGGGCACCAAGACCGAUCUGCUCAAGUGUGGCAAGUGCAAGAAGCGCAACUGCACGUACAACCAGCUGCAGACGAGAAGCGCCGACGAGCCUAUGACCACGUUCGUGAUGUGCAACGAGUGUGGCCACCGUUGGAAGUUUUGCUAGAACGGGUUCGCGUUCCAUUUGUUUGGGGUCGGGAUCGACGAUCUACGGUUUCUUGACGCUUGCCGGCUCCGCAUAGGCAGGAAAGGCAUUGCUCGAUCAUUUCCUCCAAACGUAACGGCAUUAGCGGGACGAUGGACGAUAACAAGCUCGGUUUUAACAAGUUUUGAUAGCAAAACGCAAAUGCGAAAUGGCAGUUGGUGAGAGGUCGACACACAUUGGGGGAAAGAAUGUGGUUUUACAUACUGGCAAAGCUUAUGGCACACUGUAAGGGGUUAUACGUGAACAGGCGCGUAACUUUGCUCUAUAACUAAAUCGCUCUAUAUAUAUAUUAUAAACUUACUUUCGUUUGCGCGAUUAGGAUUAACUGUUAAGUGUCCAGGAUCACCACCACCACACCAUCCCGUACGGCAUGAGAUUUAGAUUUUCCUGCGAAGCUAAUUUCGGCUUUCUGAGGCUGAACAAUGCAAUCCCAAUAUGCAUAGUGUUAAUUCGAUGUAGGAUUUCUGUUCCCAAUAACGUAACUUUUGUUAGCCACGAGGCAGUCAGGAACGAUAUCGCGUAAGAAUCGGUGGUUAGGUGUCGUUCUACAUAGAAUGCCGUUAGAAUUAUUUGAAUGUAGUGGCGCGCUUCUCGUUUCGAGAAGAAAUGCCUUCUCCGGUGAAACAUCAACAUUCACCACUCACCACCACCACCAUGCAGAUCAAACGAAUCCUUUGCAAUAGAAGUAACGAAACAGUAGCGAGAAGUGGUUAGCGAGAUCUCAAAGGCGUCUGGUUCAGGUUGUAUAUGGCCAACAGGUCCCCUUCUCCCGGAAGAAGAGUUGUGUUCCCCCCCCCCCCCGCCCAUUUCCUACGGCAGGAACCCCAUCCACAAAAUCACAAAUCUUAGGUUAGUAAUGGAAAGUGCGUAUGUGUGAGUGUGUGUGUGUGUGAUUGCCAACUGCACUGAAUAGGCACCUAGCGAUUAGUAGGGAAAGCUAAAGAAGGAAGCGUAAAUGUGUAAUUGUGUAUAUAAGUAAGUAAAAAAUGUAAUGUUGCGUCACGUUUUGCUAGAUAAAAACAGCGUGUGUGCAUUAUUGUGAGACAUCUGCGGCGUUGCGCGUAUUUUUGUGUACCAAGCUUGCUGGAAACUAGAACUGUUCUCCUGCUCUGUA